AUGGCUGAUGGUGAUUUUGAAGUCGAUGUUGAUGAUAACGAUACAUUAUCAGUGAUGCCACUAGGCGCUGGGCAAGAAGUUGGGCGUUCCUGCAUCUUGCUUCAAUUCAAAGGGAAGAAAGUGUUGCUUGACUGUGGGAUCCAUCCUGGUCAAACAGACAAAGCAAGCCUGCCAUACCUUGAUAACAUUCCAGAUAUCACAACUAUUGAUCUUAUCCUCAUAAGCCAUUAUCAUUUAGAUCAUUGUGGAGCCCUUCCUUAUCUCUUAUUAAAGACUAAAAUUAAGGCAAAAUGCUAUAUGACAUAUCCAACAAGAGCCAUCUAUCGCUAUUUACUAGCAGAUUUUGUGAAAGUCAGCAACUCAGGCAUUGCAGAUAACGUACUCUAUACUGACAACGAUAUCGUGAAAAGUUUGGAGAAAAUAGACCCAUUUGACUUUCAUCAAGUGCUUGAAGUAAAUGGAAUCAAGUUCUCCGCUUAUCAUGCCGGUCAUGUUCUUGGUGCGGCAAUGUUCUUGAUUGAAAUCGCUGGUGUGAAAAUUCUAUACACAGGCGAUUUUAGUCGUGAAGAGGAUAGACAUUUAGUCUGCGCUGAAGUUCCUCCCUGUAGACCAGAUGUUCUAAUCACUGAAUCCACUUACGGCAUUCACAUCCAUGAUAAGCGAGAAGAUCGCGAAACCCGUUUUACUGGUCUCGUACACGAUAUCGUAUCUCGUGGAGGUCGAUGUCUUAUUCCAGCCUUCGCCCUUGGCCGUGCUCAAGAACUGAUGCUCAUUUUGGAUGAGUACUGGUCGCUUCACCCCGAGUUGCAAAAUAUUCCAAUCUACUAUGCUAGUCAGUUGGCUUGCAAGUGUAUGGCUGUGUAUCAAACCUUCACUUCGGCUAUGAAUGAGAAGAUUAGAAAUCAGUUAGCCAAUAAUAAUCCCUUCUGCUUUCGAUACAUCUCCAAUCUACAGUCUCGAAACCAUCUUGAUGACUCCGGUCCCUGCGUUGUGUUAGCCAGUCCUGGUAUGAUGCAGAAUGGUCUGAGUCGAGAGCUCUUUGAGAAUUGGUGCACUGAUAGGCGUAACGGAGUUAUAAUUGCUGGCUAUUGUGUAGAAGGCACUCUGGCUAAGCACGUUCUUUCAGCACCGUCAGAGAUUAGUACGAUGACGGGUCAGAAGUUGCCGCUCAAAUGCACUGUCCAAUACAUCAGUUUCUCGGCCCACACGGAUUAUCAACAAACUAGUGCCUUUAUCCGAGAGCUCAAACCUUAUCAUGUGGUGCUUGUUCACGGUGAACAAAAUGAGAUGAUGCGAUUGGCUGGAGCUCUAAGGCGUGAAUAUGAAGACGACGACACCUACCAGAUAGACGUUUAUACACCAGCCAAUAUCACCAGUGUUAAUCUUCGCUUCAAAGGUGAAAAGGUUGCCAAGGUCCUUGGAAGCCUAGCGAAAGCAAGAGUCGGUGCAGAGAGUGAUGUAAAUGGUAAGAAGUCUAAUAAACUCUCCGGAGUCCUUGUGAAAAAGAACUUCAAUUACUACAUUAUGGCGCCCACUGAACUGCCCGUCUAUACGGAAUUGGCCACAACUGAAUUAACUCAAAUUCUCAAUGUGCACUUCGCUGGUUCUGCUAGUCAACUUCACUACAACCUCCUCCUCUUGACUAAUGAUUUGAAAGUUGUGGAGCAAUCAGUGGAAUAUUCAACUUUCCUCGCUUUCGGGGAGGUUGAAGUGACCUGGCAGGCAAAUGUGGUCCGUGUUAAAUGGAUCUCCAAUCCUGUUAAUGAUAUGUACGCAGAUUCUGUCCUGUGUGUGGCAAUGCAACCUUCUACAUACGAAGGUAGAAUUGAGGAGUUCAAUCCAGCCAAAUUUCGUGGCGCUCUCAGUAUAAUGCUUACAGACUCCUUUGGACCCAGCUGUCUGGAUUCCUUAAAUGGUGUUAUUGAUCCUCAAGCUGAGAGCGUUGUAAUGACGGUGGAUGAAAAAACUGUGGAGAUUGAUCUUAACAAUUUGACAGCGAAAUGUGAAGAGAGUCAGCUAUUGGAGCAUACGGUUGAAUCGAUGGUUCGGAGGCUUUAUAACUGCCUGUCUUAA